AUGUCUGGGGAAGCGACGGAGCACGACGCCAAGGAGGGGCUGGUGUUCAAUGGCCCGAUCAGCGACCAGAUGUACAAGCUGUUCAUCAAUCCAGAGAGUGUCUCGUCUUUGUUGGCCAAGGAUCCCUCCAUGGCGCCAGGAAAGGCGUGGAAGGAGUUGUACGGUCACCACACUGGCAAUCACGUGGACAAGCACGACGAAAAUGAUCACCUGGAACGGGCUGCCGAGUGUGGACAUUGGGGUCCGACACAACCGAGCGAAUUGUUCCUGAAGCAAUGGAUCCCAGACAUUGUAAGGCACAUGGCCAACUGCAUCGUCAGGGCCGAGAAGGAGGUUUUCCUCGCCACCAACUACUGGGCCAACAGUACGGCAUCCAAGUUCAUCACCGAUGCCAUGCGGGAGCUGUCGCGCCGGGCAGGUGAGAGGGGCACCAAGGUCGUCUUCAAGCUGAUUUACGACAGAGGCAGCCCAAAGCAACUGGUUGAGCCUCACUACGUCGUCUCAGAGAAGGAGUUCACCGGACCCAAGGUUAAGAUCCCGGCACCGCACGAGAUUCCCAACAUUGACCUGCAGGUCAUGAAUUACCACCAUCCACUCCUCGGAACGUUUCACUGCAAGUACAUGAUUGUUGAUAGGAAGAUCGCCAUCUUGCAGAGCAACAACAUCCAGGACAAUGAGAACCUCGAGAUGAUGGUGCACAUGGAGGGCCCGAUCGUGGACUCGUUGUACGACAUGGCUCUGAUCUCGUGGCACAAGGGCCUUGAACCCCCGCUGCCGAGCCACAACUCUCCUGCCACCCAGGGCGGUCUCUCUUGCUUCGACGAGUCCCAUAAGGGUUUAUUUGGGCCGAACGGCUCUAUUCGCACGACAGCCUUCUUAAAUGCGGGUCAGCAGCCGGGAAAUCAUGUACCGUUGCCCACAGGAGCCUCGGAUUCACUACCGGAGCUUACUGCCGACGACCAGCAUUAUGAUGACAACAUUGCGGGCGAAGUUCUCCGCGUGCAGGCAUCCGUGUCUGCAAAGCAGGGAGAAACGCAGCUUCAGGCUGUGAACCGCCACCUGAACCACACAAUUAACGUCGGAUUCCCCGCCGACGCGCCCGAGUGUGCGCCCGAAGACGAGAUGACGCCGUACAUCCCCCAUACUGUGCACGAGCCUUUUCCCAUCGCCAUGGUCAACCGCGCGCCCUACGGCACACCCAACCACAAGUCGGUCUCGAUGCCCCAAAAUGCAGCCUGGCUCUCGGCCCUGCGCAACGCCAAGAAGAGCGUCUUCAUCCAGUCCCCGACCCUGAACGCAGAGCCGCUCGUCCCGGAGAUCAUCGCUGCCUGUGAGCGCGGCAUCGAUGUGUACUGCUACAUCUGCCUAGGCUACAACGACUCGGGUGAGCUGCUGCCGAUGCAAGGCGGCCACAAUGAUAUGAUCGCCCACAAGCUGUACACUUCACUGUCCGGCCCCGCCAAGGACCGCCUGCACUACUUCUGGUACGUCGCCAAGGACCAGACCAAGCCCAUCAUCCAGGAGAAGAAGAAGCGCAGCUGCCACAUCAAGCUGAUGAUCGUGGACGAGCGCAUCGGCAUCCAGGGCAACGGCAACCAGGACACGCAGUCCUGGUUCCACAGCCAGGAGAUCAAUGUGCUGCUGGAAAGCGAGCAGGUGUGCCGCGCUUGGAUCGACGGGCUGCGGCGGAACCAGAACACACACAUCUAUGGUGCGCUGAACAAGGAGACGGGGAUCUGGACGGAUGACCAAGGGAACAUGGCGGACGGGGCCAUUGGAGUCGAUCCGGGGCGGUUUGCGUGGGCUAAGGGCAUCACGGGCGCCAUCAAGAGGGUGCAGGGUGUCGGCGGAUUCUAG